AUGACCUGCCAAUCAUUGAGCUCCUUUGUACGGAGCUUGUCCAGGAGAAAACCUCUGGAGCCCGAGGGAGAGGAGUCCACUUUCAACCGCUGUCUCACCACCCUGGACCUGGUGGCCCUAGGAGUGGGGAGUACCCUGGGGGCAGGGGUCUACGUUCUCUCUGGAGAGGUUGCCAGGACGUCGUCAGGUCCCAGCAUCAUCAUAUCCUUCUUCAUCGCUGCCGUGGCCUCCAUCUUUGCCGGCUUGUGCUACGCUGAGUUCGGGGCCCGCGUCCCCAAAACGGGGUCUGCGUAUCUGUACAGCUAUGUGACGGUGGGAGAGCUACUGGCAUUUAUUACCGGAUGGAAUCUGUUGCUGUCCUACGUCAUAGGGACGUCCAGUGUGGCGAGGGCAUGGAGCGGAACCUUUGAUGACCUCAUCGGCAACGUCAUGGGGAAUUUCUUCAAAGAAAACCUUUACAUGGGCCUCCCGGGCCUCGCAGAAUACCCAGACUUCUUUGCUGCUGGGCUCAUUAUGCUCCUGGCAGGUCUGCUGGCCUUUGGUGUCCAGGAAUCGGCAAUAGUCAACAAGAUCUUCACGGCCGUCAACAUCCUGGUGCUUCUGUUUGUCAUUGUAGCGGGCUUUGCCAAGGGAGACAUCGGGAACUGGCACAUAAGUCAGGAGGUGCUCAUCAACGCUACAGCGGAAUUUCAGUAUGCAACCAUGAACCUAACCUCUACAGUUAACGUGACCAGUAUAUAUGGGGAUGGAGGGUUCUUCCCGUACGGUUUCGACGGGACAAUCUCUGGAGCCGCUACCUGUUUCUACGCCUUCGUAGGCUUCGACUGCAUCGCCACAACAAGUGAGGAGGUGAAGAACCCUCAGAAGUCCAUCCCGCUGGGCAUCGUGGCGUCUCUCCUCAUCUGUUUCCUGGCCUACUUCGCUGUGUCGGCGGCCCUCACUCUGAUCAUGCCCUACUACAUGCUGAAUGUUAACAGCCCACUGCCCGUGGCCUUCGAGUACAUUGGCUGGGGGCCCGCCAAGUAUGUGGUGGCUGUCGGCUCGCUCUGCGCCCUCUCCACCAGUCUGUUGGGUUCCAUGUUCCCUAUGCCCCGCGUACUGUUUGCUAUGGCCAGAGAUGGCCUCCUCUUCAAGCCCCUCAGUAAGGUCAGCGCCAGACAAAGUCCUGUCAUCGCUACCAUCUCCUCCGGGGUCGUAGCAGCGAUAAUGGCCCUGGUGUUUGACCUGAAAGCAUUAGUUGAUAUGAUGUCAAUUGGGACACUCUUUGCCUACACACUUGUGGCUAUAUGCAUUCUCAUACUUAGGUACCAAGAGACCCAAUCAGAAGACUCAGAUCUCCAGAUUCUUGAAUCAAGCACCAAGUUUGGUUGUCUCAAACCAUCAUCAUUCCCAACAUCGGGCACCUCCAAAACAGUCACAAGUUUGACUGUAUUUUCUGUGGUGUGUGUAUGCGGUCUGUGCAUCCUGCUGACCCAAGCGAUAGACGCUAUACAGCGGCAGGAGAUCUGGAGCAUGGUGUGUGUGUCCAUAGUAGCCUUCAUCCUCCUGGUCCUCGUCAUCAUCAUCUGGAGGCAUCCACAGAACCAAGCCAAGGCUGCUUUCAUGGUGCCCUUCCUGCCCGUGCUGCCGGUAGUUAGUGUGUUUGUCAACGUCUACCUGAUGGUCCAGUUAGGACGAGACACCUGGAUGCGAUACGCCAUCUGGAUGGCCGUAGGGUUCCUCAUCUACUUUGGUUAUGGGAUCCGUAACAGCGUUCAGAAGCAGAGGAACCAGACCAGCCAGGUGGAGAUUGAGACCGUCAGCGGUGUGACGGAGAAGGAGGCCUUCAAAGAAGACAGAUUCUGA